UGAUAAAUUAAUAAGGAAGGCUUGUUUAAGAUCAAGAAGACAAUGAUAGUUAUAGAAACGGUCGGAUGUAGGCCUCAAGAGAAGUUUCGAGGCUGCGCUGACAUUUUGAUUAGCAUUAACGAGGCAGCAUCAGUGCUGAGACUAUUGAAGCAGUCGACUGCUAGUAGCAGGAAAAAGUUGUAAUAAACAUGUGCAAUAGCGCCACCAUGGCUUUAUAUCAAGAACUAAAGUGUCAUGACAACAAACGUAACCUGUCAACGCCGUGAUCCAAAGCCGUGAUCAAAACAUCGAGCGAGCUGAGACGCUGAGAUUUCUCUUGUGUAAGUUUUUAGAGAUAAAGAGAAUAUGGGACGAUAUUGUUUUAUAGAAAAGUGUAGCACAACAAAGUACAAGCGCCAACACGAGAAAAACGACACGCGUUUGCGAUUUUUUGGGUUUCCCAGUAAUCCAGCUCUAAAAGAGAAGUGGAUCGAGGCUAUAGCCACUCAGAACAGGCAAAAAAGUGUACGAAAUUUGCCAAAAUAUAGCCGUAUCUGUGUACUGCAUUUUACAAGCGAUUGUUUAGAAAGCAUUGGCUAUUCGCAGGUUCGGUUAAAACCAAAUGCAGUGCCGACUAUAUUUCCACGUGCUCAAAACCAAAGCAUUGCGAAGAUAGGCAAAGGGGCGGAGACUAGCAGUCCAGGUUUCUAUAGUCAAAGAUUCCACCGGACCAUACUGACUCUUCAGCGUUAUCAUUGCCGGUACCUGUUGGUGGUACUGGCUGCUAUGGCAUUGCUUUACACGUACUACUAUCAUUCCUGCAGAAUCAAAAAGUGGUUCGUGGCGAGAUCUCUGGCGCAGGAAGGUUUGCCACCGAUUGCCUCGCCGAAGCACAAAAGGCAUAAUCAUCUAUCGAACACGCAGCUGCGAUUGUAUUGUCUGUACUGGAUUAUCGAUAUCACACUCUUGGAAAAAAAGAAUAAUUAUCUUUCGAAAUCAAUGUAUGAUAUAUGUCGCGACAAUGAAAGGGUUUUCUUAUUUAUGUAGUCAUCAUAGAUUUUCAUAGAGAAUCGUCAGUAAAUAUCUCAAACGAUUAACAUUUUUAGGC